CACUGUCCUGCGUUCCUCACCCAAACUGCCUUCUCUAACUGCACACUCGUCCGCCUGCUUCCUCAAGGCUUUUUUCUCUCUCUCCCUUAUUUAUAAAAACGUCAUUUCAAGUCCCUCCCUUUUUGAAUCUCAUUAGUUUCUUGUGUGUUUCUCCCUGUCAAUAAUCCUGAAUCCAGACUCUCUCUAUUUCCAUCCCUCUCUAUCUGUCAAUCAGCGCCGCCUUUGAACUGAAAACCACUCCGACCAACUUCAACUCACUCAAUCCGAGCGGCUCAGCUCCAUCUCCGGCUUCUUUUUCUGCCAAGAUUCCCCUUCUUUUUAGUUUGUACUAACCGCCAGUGCUUGGAAAACGCCAAUACAGACUCUAAACUUUAACUCGGAUUCUAGAUCACCAAGAUCAAGGGUUUAAAACUUUGUGUUUUUGCCCCCCAAAAUUGCUCGGGAAAAUGCCGCAGCUCAACGGAGGUGGAGGGGACGAUUUGGGUGCGAACGAUGAAAUGAUUUCCUUCAAAGACGAAGGGGAGCAGGACGAAAAAAUAUCGGAGAAUUUAUCAGCAGAAAGGGAUUUAGCAGAUGUCAAAUCUUCUCUUGUAAAUGAAUCAGAAACAAAUCAAAACAGCUCGUCGGAUUCGGAGGCGGAAAGACGGCCUCCGCCUAGAUCUGAAACUUUCAGAGACAAAACAAGAGAAAGUUUAGAGGAGGCUGCGAAAAGGCAAGAUGGAGGGCUGUUCAAGAGCCCACCGUACCCGGGCUAUCCAUUUAUAAUGAUCCCCGAUCUUACAAGCCCGUACCUUCCGAAUGGAUCACUUUCUCCAACAGCUCGCACAUACCUACAGAUGAAAUGGCCCCUGCUCGAUGUUAACCACGGAAGUCUUCAAAGUAGACAAGCACUUAAAGAUGCCCGGUCCCCGUCACCGGCACACAUCGUUGGGCCCUUCUGCUUGGAAUUCCCCGGACAGUCAGAUCUGAGCCUUCACCAAUUUCAGUUGUCUAAUAAAGUCCCAGUGGUACAGCACCCUCACCACGUGCACCCGCUCACGCCUCUGAUCACCUACAGCAAUGAACACUUCACACCGGGCAACCCCCCUCCGCACCUACAGGGAGAUGUGGACCCCAAAACAGGAAUUCCAAGGCCUCCACAACACCCAGACAUAUCUCCCUAUUACCCUCUCUCACCUGGUGCUGUAGGCCAGAUCCCCCAUCCGCUAGGGUGGUUAGUACCACAGCAAGGUCAACCUGUUUACCAGGGUUUUAGGCACCCCUACCCGACUGCGCUCACUGUCAACGCAUCCAUGCAAAGUUUUCUGUCCUCCAGGUUCCCUCACCACAUGGUCCCCCCUCAUCACAGUUUGCACCAGACCGGCAUCCCCCACCCCGCCAUCGUCACGCCCAACGUCAAGCAGGAGUCCUCCCACAGCGACAUCGGCCUCAACAGCUCUACUAUACUGUACACACUCCACAGGAAACACCAGGACUCGAAAAAGGAGGACGAGAAGAAGAAGCAGCCCCACAUCAAGAAGCCGCUGAACGCCUUUAUGCUCUACAUGAAGGAGAUGAGGGCCAAGGUGGUGGCCGAGUGCACGUUGAAAGAGAGCGCCGCCAUUAACCAGAUACUGGGACGAAGGUGGCACGCCCUAACGCGAGAGGAGCAGGCGAAAUACUAUGAGCUGGCCAGGAAAGAGCGACAGCUUCACAUGCAGCUCUACCCCGGCUGGUCUGCACGAGAUAACUAUGCGGCUAACCAACAGGGCAAGAAGAAGAAGAGGAAACGGGAUAAGCAGCCAGGAGAGGGCAAUGAACACAGAGAAUAUUUUCCAAACCCUUGCCUUUCACUCCCUCCGAUUACAGAUGCAAAUGCCCCAAAGAAGUGUCGUGCCUUGUUCGGGCUUGACCAGCUGAGUUUAUGGUGCAAACCAUGCAGGAGAAAAAAAAAGUGCAUUCGCUACAUCCAAGGUGAAGGUAGCUGUGCCAGUCCUCCCUCUUCGGACGGCAGCUUACUAGACUCCCCCCCAUCCUCCCCCUCCUCGGUGGCCCCCUCCCCCUCCUCGAAAGAGUCCAGACCUCAGACUGAACAAAUGCAACCUCUCUCACUGACAAUGAAACCGGCCCACCAGCCUCUCCACUACCCGCACCGGCACCUCCUGCCUGGGCAUCCUCCUCCGCCAUCUUUGGUUCUGCUGGGAAACUCUGCUGCUGCAGCGGGCAAAACGCCUGGCGCAGCCCACAACGGAGCGCGCGGCGACGUCUCGUCCUCGCGGCAGCCGGGCUCCUCGGGCGCCGCCCUGGCCAGGCCCUUGGCAGCAUCGCUGUGUCAUUCCCGCUCGCUACACCCCAACUCCACGGCCCCUCAGCCUCUGUCGCUCGUUACCAAGUCUAUAGAGUAGAUCCCUCCUUAUUCACUCCUUCCUUCCUUCCCCUUUUUCUAGCUCUGCACCCUUCAUUCUUUUCUCUUUGUUUCGUUCAAUCUUUUUUUCUGUUUCUGUGCCAUAAGGCUUUGAAAAUGUGUUACUGUUUUAUCAAAGUUCACUGGUCAAUAUUUGACCCAUCAUUAUUGAAAAAAUAUAAAUAUUAUAAUGAAAUAAUAAUCCAAUGAGCUGUAGAGUAUGGCUUUGUGAAUCUGCCAAAAUUCUUCUGAACUUCUGUUCUCCUUAUUUUGUUAAACAGAAAAUGGUUAUUUAGUUCCACUUAAACGUGUUUCAAUGACAGAUAUAAAACAAAUGGUAGAUUACAUGACUAUUCAAUGACCCCUUUUCUUGAAAGAGUUGGUUCUCCUUCAUUAUUUGUAUUAAAUACGAGCUUGCGAACCAAUCAUUGGAGGGUAUGAGGAUCGUGGAGACACCUCUCUUACUGAGGAACAACUUUAAUUGUGAUGUUACUUGUUCUUCUUUAAAUGUACAGAACUAUUUGGUGGGUGGGUUGGGGGGGUUACUGUGUUAAUGUGCAUCGU